AUGUCGAAUGGCGGCAAGAAUCGCUAUCCUCUGGCUCCUCGUCUUUUCAAGGGCCGACGGGCGGCAGUGUGCGACCGCGACUCCCCACUCGAGGCAAUUCGACUGUUUCAACGACAUAUCAUCCAAGAGUUCUUUGAAUCCAUGGCAUACAGCAGGUGCGCCGACAUCGGCUUCAUUCGACGCGAGAAUCUGAGGCUGGACGAGGACUGCGUCCAGGAGCUCGAGGUCAGCGGCACCCGAAAGAACAGCCGGGCAAACCGUGGGGAGUGGACGAGGAAGUUGGGUAGCGAUGACAAGGAAGUAGCAAUUGACCAGAACUUUCAAGCCGACAUGUUGAAGUUUAACGAUAAGGUUGACCUUGUCUCGGUCUUCAAAGAUGUUAUAGACAAACCAGAGGACGAUGUUAGGUUGGUCGGGAAAGGGGCGGCUUGUUUCGAGGACGUUGUUGUCAAGAAGGGACAAUAUGUGUACUUUGAAAUAACCGAAACUCCACAAAAAGUAAUUGAAAAGCUGUACCAGCUGAUUCUGAUUGGGCAUGUACUGAAGAAGGAGGCAGAGAUUGCAGCGAUGGGUAUAAUUGUGAAUGGGAACCGGAAAAACUUCGAGAAGGCUAGUUGGUGCUUGACAGAGUUCUUGACCCGGGCAUCAGAACUGUGA